AUGACUGACUUCGGACUAAAUGCUAAAUAUUUAACUUGGCAAGGGUACGACAAAGCGGCAAGAAUGAGUAGCAUAUAUAAUGGUGUACACAAAAAAAAAUUGUAUAGGUAUUACACAAUAUUAUACAUAAUUUUUUCGGUUAUCCAAAAAAACAAAGUAUUUUGCAACUGUCAGCAGAAGAAGUAUUUCCACAGAUUAAUCGUUUUAAACUAAAAAAUCUAUGUGCAACUCAAUGGGUCGAUCUCCAUGAUGCAGUUAUAAUAUUUGAAGAACUUCAAACAGAUAUUUUACAUGCACUAGAUGAAAUUACACUUAGGACAGAUUCUAACACUUCUAGUUCUGCAAGUCAUCUUCUUACUGCGAUAAAACAGUUAAAAUUUCAAACAGCUUUAUCUAUUUUAGUGAAAAUACUUUCCAUUAGUUUUCCUCUUAGUCGAUAUGUUCAAACAGUAAAUCUUGAUUUAAAAACUGCACUAGAAGCUUCAUCUAAUGUUCAAAAUAAUACUCAGGAUAUUAGAAAAAAUAGUAAUAUAGAGUUUCAACAUAUAUGUUUAUCUAUAAUUGUCUAUGAAAUAUUUGAUAUUACUGUUAGAUUGACGUGA